AUGUCCCACAGAGUGCCUUCGUCGUUCGACGGCACAGACUCCAAUGAUGAAGAUGAAAUGGAUAUUCUUCAGAGAAUGAUCUUCCGUUGCAAGCAGCAGCCUUUGGUUCCUAUAGGAACGUUGCUCACAACGGGAGCGAUCAUUCUUGCCACCAAGUCCAUCAGACAAGGCAGACAAGCCGACACUCAGAAGUACUUCAGAUACAGAGUCGGUUUCCAGGGCUUCACCUUGUUGGCUUUGGUUUUCGGUGGCUGGUACUACCAGGCUGAAAGUAAGGCUCAGAAGCAGUCUCGCGAGGAGAAGCUUCGUGAAAAAGCCAAGUUGAGAGAGAGGAUGUGGAUCGAGGAGUUGGAAAGAAGAGACCAGGUGAUCCAAGACAGAAAGAAGAGGUUGGAGGAGUCUCGUAAGGAGUUGUUACAGGUGGCCAGUGAGGGUUUCCAGCAGGAAGCUGACAAGGCUUUGAACUCUCAGGAGAGAGACUCCUUCCCUGACGGCAACUCCGUGGCACCUCCCUCAAAGAACUGA